ACACACACACACACACAGAGCCAGCAUUUUAAGGCAGGGACUGAGUUUCCUUCCUGUCGGCUGGAGUCAGGAGACCCGUCGCUUCAUAACAGUUUCAAAACAGCUGUAAAAAACUAUAAUAUGGGGACCCGAGAUGACGAAUAUGAUUACUUAUUUAAAGUGGUGCUCAUCGGGGACUCCGGUGUGGGGAAGAGUAACCUGCUGUCCCGUUUCACACGGAAUGAGUUCAACCUGGAGAGCAAGAGCACCAUCGGUGUGGAGUUUGCCACUCGCAGCAUCCAAGUGGACGGAAAGACCAUAAAAGCUCAGAUUUGGGACACAGCAGGACAGGAGCGAUACAGAGCAAUCACAUCAGCGUAUUACCGAGGUGCAGUGGGAGCUCUUUUGGUGUAUGACAUCGCUAAGCAUCUGACUUACGAGAAUGUGGAACGCUGGCUGAAGGAGCUGCGAGACCAUGCAGACAACAACAUUGUCAUUAUGUUAGUGGGCAACAAGAGUGACCUGAGGCAUCUUAGAGCAGUGCCUACUGAUGAGGCAAGAGCUUUUGCAGAGAAGAACAGUCUGUCCUUCAUUGAGACAUCAGCUUUGGACUCCACGAACGUUGAAGAGGCUUUCAAAAAUAUACUCACAGAAAUCUACCGGAUCGUAUCACAAAAGCAGAUUGCAGACCGGUCUGCACACGACGAGUCUCCAGGCAACAAUGUGGUGGACAUCAGUGUGCCACCGACUACCGAUGGGCUAAAAGGCUCCAAAUUCCAGUGCUGCCAGAAUCUGUGACCCCACCCCUCCCCACUUCCCAUGCUGCCUCUUCCUCUGUUCCACUCACUCUUCAUUGCUGCUUUGCUCCUGUGUAUUGUGCAACUGCUGCUCUAGCGCCGGUCUUUUUUUUCCUCCAUGUGGUAUCCAUGUCGGUUCUAGAAUUCUCCCCAGCCUGUGAUGUUCUAGAUAACACAUUCCUUUCUUUUUCUUUUUCCUUUUGUUUGCUCUCUUCGUUUUGAUUUGUGUGUGUGUGUGUGUGUUUUUCCCCCCUCUGUUCUGUUAUCCAGCAUCUGAAUUCAUUUCUUUUUGGUCAGGGGGAAAAAGUGUAGAACUUUGUUUUGGAAGUAUUUCUGUUUUGGGCACUGAUCGUGUGAACCGCUCCCAAGGAAAGGGAUGGUGAGGGAUCAGUGUGUCCUGAGCUUCCAGACGCUCUGAGGAGCCUCCUCUCCUACACUAAGCAUGGCUUUUACUCAGCCAGGUCCCAGAAAGGGAUCCCUGCUCAUUUAACUUCGGCUGAGGUGAGCAUGUUCUGCAGAAAUGAUAAGUAAAGAAUCUUUUGUCUUGUCUGGAUCGUAUAGAUACCAAAGGGAGACUGCAAUCAAAAGUUUUCAGUCGGAUUAAAUUAAUAAGGUGAACAUUUCAGACUGAACGGUCGACACAUUUAACCUUAUCCUGCACUAUUUAGAGCCGUCAUGUGGAAGUGAAUGCCUAUUUCAAUUGUUUAUUGCAUUCAGGGCACAAACUUACAGUAGUGAAGAGAAUGUGAUGUCUCCUGUUAAUCAAUUUAUAGAUAGAAAAAAAAAUAUAUAUAUAUAUAGAUUACUCAAAUGACACUUAUUGCAACUCAGACUUUGCACUGUUAGGUUAUAUAGCAUAGCAGUUAACAGGGAGAAGAAAACAGAAUUUCAGUGUUCAAGCCGAUCAGUUGUCCGUCAAAUUGUCUGCAAAAAAAGAUGAGCGUCACAGUCAUUGAACUCUUAUUUAAAUAUAAGUGAUAACAUUUGUGUGGUUUGAAAAUGCCUUAUGUUUUCCCAUACUGUGAUUAAAAAAUGCCUUUUAUUGAAGCGUGGUUAUGACAUUCACACAUCCAUGAAGUCACAUCAGCUGUUUGCCUUUUAUCAAGUUAUAUUGAAAUGAAAAUAAACCAAAUUACUGUCA